UUCGCAAUGUCUAACGGAAUGAUGAAGGCCGUGGUCUUCAAGGGACCCAAGAAGGUGGUUAUUGAGGAGAGACCCAUUCCAAAGAUCCAGGAUCCAACGGAUGUCAUUGUCAAGGUGGACAAGACUGCACUAUGCGGAAGCGAACUCCACGUCUUCCGCGGACACCAACCCUCAGGCACUGACUUCAUCAUGGGCCACGAAUUCACGGGCUAUGUCCACGAGAUCGGCUCCUCCAUCACGACGCUCCGCGUCGGCGACAAGGUGGUGUCACCCUUCACCUCGUCCUGCGGCACCUGCUUCUACUGCCGCAACGGCUUCUCCUCCCGCUGCAGCAAAUCCCAACUCUUCGGCAGCGUGGGCCUCGACGGCGCGCAAGCCCAAUACGUGCGCGUCCCCUUGGCGGACUCGACGCUCAUCAAGGCGCCCGAGGGAGUCUCGGACGAGGCGCUGGUGCUCAUGGCGGACAUCUUCCCCACCGGCUGGUUCGCGGCGUACAACGGGUUCCGGGAGCUGAGCGAGGAGCAGAUUCGCGAGAGCACCGUCGUCCUGAUUGGGUGCGGGCCUGUGGCUCUCUGCGCGUUGGUGAAUAUCGUGGAUUACAAGCCCAAGCAUAUUCUUGCGGUCGACAGCGUGCCGUCGAGGUUGGAGCUUGCGCGGAGUUUGGGGGCGGAGCCGUGGAAUUUCCAGACGGAUCGAGCGGGGUUGGAUGCGCGCGUGAAGGAGCUUACGGACGGGAGAGGGGCCGAUGUGGUGAUUGAGGUGGUCGGACUGAGCCCGGCGUUGAGGAUGGGAUUCGAGCUGUUGCGCCCAUGGGGGGUGAUUAGCAGCGUGGGCGUGCAUAAUGGGGAGAUUCCGUGGGACGGCAAUGAGGCGUAUGGGAAGAACUUGAGGGUUCAGAUGGGGAGGUGUCCGGUCAGGAGUAUUUUCGAGAAGGCGUUGGGGAGGUUGAGGGAGAAGCAGGGGCAGCUGGGAUUCAUGGCGGACAAGGUGAUGGCGUUGACGGAGGCUGUGGAGGGAUACGAGCUGUUUGACCAGAUGAAGGUGCAGAAGGUGGUGUUUGAGGCGCAGAAAUAGAAGUGUCCUCACUGAAGCAGUGGGUAGACCACGCACUGCUCUCGUUAUUUCACUGGACAUUCUUCCUUCCAUGUGGAUAGGUAUUCCUGCU